CUUCAUUUGAAAUUCGAAUAACUUACUGGCACACGUCGCAGACAGUCGUGUAGGAAUAAUAAAAAGAAAAUGACAUAAAACCUCAGUGAAGUGUCGGGUUCAAAUAAACAGUCGGUGUAGUGAAGUUUUCGAACGUUAUUUGGAAUUUGAAAGCUGAAUCUCUAUUAUGGCGAAUAUGAAUUCGCGUUUAAUAUUUGCGAUUGUGUCGUCGGCGUGUUGGUCUGCCUUCCAACACGGAUACAACACGGGCGUCUUGAACACGCCGCAAUAUGUAAUGACGAAAUGGUUGAGCGAGGAUGUGCUUUCGACGUCCAACUCUACUUUGGAGGUCACCGACCCCAAGGUGAACACCGUGUGGUCGGUGGUGGUCUCGAUAUACUGCGUGGGUGGCAUGAUAGGAGGCACCAUCACCGGAUUCGUGGCGGACAGAUUCGGCAGAAAAGGCGGUUUGCUGCUCAAUAACAUCCUGGUUUUUGUCGCGGUGGGUCUGGAAGCGUUUUCCAAGAUGGCGUCCUCAGUGGAGAUGCUGAUACUGGGACGUCUGGUGAUCGGCGUCAACAACGGCCUGAACGCCGGCCUCGCUCCGAUGUAUCUCUCAGAGAUAUCGCCGGUCUCUCUCAGAGGAUCGAUCGGAACAGUCUACCAGUUGGUGAUCACGAUGUCAAUUCUGUUGUCUCAAGUGCUGGGUCUGAACUCAGUGCUGGGGACCGAUAGCUGGCCCUGGCUGCUGGCUGUGCCUCUCAUCCCGGCUGUGCUUCAAUGCUGCAUGCUGAGAAUGUGCCCUGAAUCACCGAAAUAUCUUUUACUUAACAAGGGCGCGGAGUUGAGGGCGCAAAGAGCUCUCAACUACUUGAGAGGUGACGUCGCCGUUCACGGUGAGAUGGAAGAAAUGCGUCAGGAAGCGGAGAAGAACAAAGUGAGCAAGAAGGUGACUCUCCGCGAGCUGUUCCGUGACCGCAGCCUCCGCCGGCCGCUGCUGGUGGCGGUGGUGGCGAUGGUGGCUCAACAGUUCUCUGGAAUCAACGUCGUUAUAUUUUUCUCCACUGAAAUCUUCACAGCCGCCAACCUGAGUCCCACUCAGAGCCAGUACGCCACUCUGGGUAUGGGUGCUAUGAACGUGGUGAUGACCGUGGUGUCCCUGAUGCUGGUGGAGAUCGCGGGUCGGAAGACCUUACUCCUGGCGGGCUUCUCUGGCAUGUUCCUGUGUACUGUGGGGCUCUGCGUCGCCAGUCUAUAUACUACCCACAUCUGGGUGUCGUAUCUGUGCAUCGCGCUGGUGAUAUUGUUCGUGGUCACGUUCGCUGCGGGUCCCGGCUCCAUACCCUGGUUCCUCGUGACCGAGCUGUUCAACCAGUCGUCUCGCCCCGCGGCUUCGUCUGUCGCCGUCACUGUAAACUGGACGGCCAACUUCAUCGUCGGCCUCAGUUAUUUGCCGCUGGCCUCCGUUCUGAAGUCCAACACCUUCGCCAUCUUCGCCGUGCUUCAGUUCAUCUUCAUCAUCUUCAUCGCGGCCAAGGUCCCGGAGACGAAGAACAAAACCAUCGAAGAAAUAACGGCCAUGUUCAGACAACAGCUGUAGUUAUUGGCUUUAAUAUAGCUGUUACCUCCGAGCUCUGUUUGCUUAACACAAGUUUGUAUUACACUACAUACGCAACGUUUC